CUACGAGUGCCGGCUUUAAAACCUGCAUCAAUAUCAAUUUCGCUCCAUUGCCGGUCGCUCUAUACGACAAAGUCCGCGUCACAGCAAUUAAUAUCGAGUCAGCUUAAAAUGGCCCCAGAGAAGUCGCUUCCGCAGAUAUUCAAGUUUGUUGACCAGAAUGUCUCCAGUUAUAAAAGUCUUUUGAAGGAAGCUGUGGCGAUCCCGUCGGUGUCCAGCGAUGUCAAGUACAGAGCAGAUUGUGUUCGUAUGGUGGAGUGGAUGAAAGAGAAGCUGAAAGAAGUUGGAGCCAAGAGCGAACUAAGGGAUAUUGGGUACCAAACCAUUGACGGGAAAGAGAUUAAACUGCCGCCAGUGUUGGUGGGCGUUUUGGGAAAUGAUACAAGGAAGAACACAAUUUGCAUAUAUGGUCAUUUAGACGUCCAGCCAGCUCUUAAGUCAGAUGGAUGGGCUUCAGAGCCUUUUGAACUUGUAGAGAGGAAUGGCAAACUGUACGGUCGAGGUUCGACUGAUGAUAAGGGCCCAGUACUGGGUUGGCUUCAUGCCAUUAAUGCUUACAAAGGCGUAGGAGAGGAGUUGCCUGUAAACCUCAAAUUCAUAUUCGAAUGCAUGGAAGAAUCUGGCUCGGAAGGUUUAGAUGCUCUUUUGAUUGAGAAACUAAAACCGGAAGGUUUCUUUAAAGAUGUUGAUUACGUCUGCAUAUCUGACAACUACUGGUUGGGAACCACGAAGCCGUGCAUUACUUAUGGUCUUCGAGGCAUUAGUUAUUAUUUCUUGGAGGUGGAAUGUGCCAAAAUGGACCUUCAUAGUGGAGUUUAUGGAGGCACUGUACAUGAGGCGAUGUCCGACCUGAUAUACCUCAUGGAUACCCUAGUGGACAAAGAUGGCAAGAUCCUGGUCACAGAUAUCUACAAAUCCGUAGCCCCGUUGACUGAAACCGAGAAGAAGCUUUAUACUACCAUCGAUUUCGACACAGAGGCUUACAAAACCUCUAUUGGGGCUCAGAAACUGGCCCACAAUGGUGACAAAGAAAAGAUUCUGAUGCAUCGCUGGAGAUUCCCAAGCCUGUCUCUUCAUGGAAUUGAAGGUGCCGCUUUCCAACCCGGAGCGAAGACCGUAAUACCUGGCAAAGUGAUCGGAAAGUUCUCCAUCCGUAUUGUGCCCAAUCAGGAACCGGAAGAAGUAGAGAAUCUCGUCUUCGAUUAUAUUAAUAAGAAGUGGGCGGAGCGCGGGUCCCCGAAUAUAAUGCGAAUCACGGCACAAAGCGGGCGCUCGUGGACAGAGGAUCCCAAUCAUCCGCACUACCAGGCAGCUGCUAGGGCCACCAAGCUCAUUUACCAGACUGACCCGGAUAUGUCCCGAGAGGGUGGUUCCAUUCCGGUGACGAUCACGCUGCAAGAAGCCAGCGGCAAGAACGUGCUGCUGCUGCCCAUGGGUGCCGGCGACGACAUGGCGCACUCGCAGAACGAGAAGCUCAACGUGCGCAACUAUAUUGAGGGUAUAAAACUGUUCGCAGCUUACAUGUACGAAGUUGGCAAGCUUCCCAAAUAAUGUCAAACAAGACCGAAAGCUGCAAAUUGAGUACUCACUUAACCAUAAUCUAUAACAGGAACUAACUUGGCGAACUUUGCACAGGCUAUCAUAGAUCCAUCCAACUAAAAAAGAACCACAAAAGAACUUCGUGUUGGUGUUAUAAAAAAAAAUUGGUAUGAAACUGCCUGAAGCCUAUGUUUUUAAGUACUUUGCCGGUAAUUUAGUAAUUCUAAGAUUUUUUUGUUGAAAAAGGACAAUGUUUUAUGUGCUAUGUUAUUGUACGGAAAAUAUAAUAUCCAAGCGAUUUCUCGAACAAGAGCUUAUAAAAGCAUAAACUGUUAAAAUACUAAGGUAAAGAUUAAGUUUUCGUUCUUAAUAACUUACUCGGAGCAUAAUGGAACAUUCCUAUUAAGUACAAUAUAUUUAGCAUUAUAUCGCGGCAUAAUUAAACUUGUUUUUAUAUAUUCUUAUAGGUACGUGCCUUAUGUACAUAAUAUUUGAUAAAUAAUAACUUUAUGAUUUUACAGUAAUUACGGAAUUUAAGAAUACAUUUGUAUUAUGGUAAGAUACUGAGUCUUAUUUGUUGAUUUUGGCGUCGAUUUUCGUUUAUGAAGUACAUAAGUACGGAAUAAUAAAUAAAAUAUGUUACUCAAUUUUACUUUUUUUAAUCACUCUUACCGCACUUUUUCUCCCACUGGCGAAGAUGCGUAAUACAUUACAUUAUAAGUAUAUUGUGUUAUAAGGGCGUUAAUGGCAAUUAUUUUACUCGGUGAAGGCUUUAAUGAUAAGUAUUUAUAUUAUUGUCAACAAAAUGCAUGGCUGUUUGGGGUCACGGCGCAAAUUAGGCGCGG